AUGUUGCGGAACAUUCCGAUUGAGCUGAAGAGACUAGCUAAGCAACGCGAUGAGUCCCAGGCCACUACAGAAGCCCUACUUGAAUAUGCAGAAACGGUUAAGCCUGACCGAGACCGCGUCGUGAGGAAGUAA